CCUGACAAAAAGUGUCUCUCAUCGAAACCGUGUGGGAAACACGUUCGCCACAGUUGCACACACCUGUGCUGAACGAUUUUUAUCGUUGCAGGGGUGAAACACACAGAGAGACACGCAUAUGGCAAGCAGCGGCCGUGGCGCUCGAAAGAACAAUUUCAAACCCCCAACUCGCGAGAGACCCGUGCGAGAGAGCAAACCGUGAAUUCGUGAAGCAGCAGUAGCAGCAGCAGUAGCAAGCAGCAAAAGCCGGCUGAGGUCGGGAAAGUGCGUGCGUUCCAUUGCGGGAUUUGCAGUGGAAAAUCGGUCUUCGGUCUUCUUACGGACGCGCGCGCGGCCCUCGACUGCUGACGACACUUGUGGGUUUGAAAACCUAUUUUUCCUACGGCCCACAGUAGGCUGAUAGGCGUUCCUGCUUUUCAGAAGCAAAAGUGUGCGCGUGUGUGUUAAGGUUUUUCACGGAAAACUCGAAACCAGCCCGUGGGAGGUGCCGAUCGAGCACGGGCGGUUAGGUGUGGACAAAAAGUGGCUCACAAUAUCGCAUUACAGUUGAAAAAGGGGUUGUACGGGAAAAUCGCUUUUCCCUGGCGCGCCCUACACAAAACCAUUCGUGUGAAAACGUGUUUCGGCAGGGGUUGCUUUGCUCGCUGGACUCGUAGAGAGGUAGCACAGAAGGAAAAAAGCGGUAUGCAAAACGUACCAACAAAGCAGCACACAGCAGUGUCGCCAUUUGACGAAGGAGGGCGUUAAUAGGAUUGUGUGUGUCACGGUUAGCUGCCCCUCUGCGGGCACCACAAACGCGCCACAGCGAAGGAUAAUCGUAAGACGACGUAAAGCAGCUGGCCAGGAAAGGAUCACUUUGGUGCAUUUCCGUCGAUAAAGUUCGCGGUAUUCUUCUUCCCAUCCGUGCGGCGCCCGUGUGUGUCAAACCGCGCUGCUGUUGAAGCGAAAGAGCGAACAUUUGGGUGUGUGUGUGUGUGUGCUUGUGUGUAUGUGAGUGCGGCUUGCGGUGGCUGACGGCGUGCGGACGUACCUACUACGUACACAAGCAAACGGGCAGCGCAGCGCCGCAGUGGUGGUGUAGUGUUUUGCCAGCCAACAUCCGAAACGACCACGACGACCACGACAACGACGAAGACAACGGCACACCACACAUCAAGGCGCAUCUCAACCGUUCAAAACAUCAACAAUGACAACGGCAAGUGAUGGGCAGCAGCAACAGCAGCAGCAGCAGCAGCAGCAGUCAGAUCCAAAGAUGUCACGGUUGCUGAAGCUUGCCCACAAGUUCAACUGCUUCUAUCUGAACGAUCCCCGGAGAGCCGGUGACGUCGGUCGGUGUGCUUUAGCUUUCCUUUUUCGCGAACAGAAAGGCCAAUAAAAUUCGCUUCUGUCGUCGUCGUCACAAUCGGUGUGAAGGAACGAUUGCAUAAAACCGACAGCGGCAGCACCGAGGGACACAGCAUAGCAAGAUAAAGGGCGUGAAGAAUGGGUUUCAUGAAAGGCGACUGCCGCCCGUUCGUCGUCGACGGCCAUCAGGUUGGACUGGUCAGCCAGAAUGUGAUCGAGCAGCUGCUCAAGUAUCCCGAAGUAUUUCACGUCCGUGCACCGGAGCAUGGCAAGCAGAACAUUGUCGAAUUGAAUCCAGCGUUUCGGGAUUACAACACGCGCUCGGAGCAGGUGGAAAGGAUACUGCGCGAGUUCCGGGAGCAGGGCAUGUUUGUUGCGCUGAAGGGAUGGCGCGAUGAGUGCUACGACGUCAAGUCGUCCACCGGCUCGCUGCUGAAGAUGGACCGGUCGGCCACGUGCCUGUUCGGGGUGCGCAACUACGGCGUGGAGAUUAACGGGUACGUGCGCCACCCGACCAAGGGCCUCUGCAUCUGGCUGCAGCAGCGCUCCGACACCAAGCAGACGUGGCCCGGCAAGUGGGACAACAUGGUGAGCGGCGGGCUGGCGGUCGGGUUCGGUGUGCUCGAGACGGCGAUCAAGGAGGCGGCCGAGGAGGCUUCCAUACCGGGGCAUCUGAUAAAAAAUCUCGUGUCCGCCGGGUGCGUGUCGUUCUUCUUCGAAAGCGAACGGGGCCUGUUCCCCAACACCGAGUUCGUGUACGAUCUCGAGCUGCCCGAAGACUUUGUGCCUGACAAUUCGGACGGCGAGGUGCAGAACUUUCAGCUGCUGCCGGCCCACGAAUGUCUCGAGCGUGUGUUUAUGCCCGACUUCAAAACCACCAGCUGCCCGGUGGUGAUCGAUUUUCUCAUCCGCCAUGGUAUUAUUACGCCAGAAAAUGAAUCAAACUUCACACAAGUGAUCGAGUUGCUGCACGUUCCGCUGCAAAGCUUGUACACCUAUCGUACAACGACAACCACGCCAAAUGAUGGAGAGGCCAACGCCACUGCGGCAACAACGAAUCAGCGAGAUCUCAGCAGCGGCAGCAGCAUCAACAAUGUUAAAAACAGUAUCGAAAACGGUAAGCUCUAAUCAAUCUAGCCAACAAAACCUGCAGCAAAACCCACUAAAAGUUGAGCCAUGUUGAAGGGGUGGGAAAGGAACGCUAGGAAGUUCUUAAUGUACGUAAUGCAUGCAACGAUCAUGAGAAGCCACGCGCUACAAGCGCUCACGUGUUUAUAACACCAGCAGUAGGAAGGCAGACAAGACUCGAUGGGGGAAUGGUAAACGAUUAAGAAUGGGCGUUCACAGUUGCGUUUUAUUUUACGACCGCAAAGUAAGAUGCAAAACGAUUCAACAGGAAAGCUCUAGCUUGCGUGCGUGCGUGCGUGCGCGCGUUAUAGCGUUGUUCCUAAAACAACUUUCUUAAGCAAAAAGGCUGAUAAAGCAAAACACCUGGACGGGAGUUUUAAUAACAGUUAAUACAUUAUUCUAGGAGCCGCGCGGAUGCGACGCAGCUGUGCUUUACAGAAGAGAUUCGCGUUUGUCUGGUGUUUUGUUUUUAAUUUGUCUGUUUUUUGUUUUAAUCAUUAAGCCCAAAGUAAUUUUUUGUUUCGUUCUAUCGCAGCAUACAAUGCUUAUCAAUGAAUAAUUGAAUUUAAAAAAUAUAUAUAUGAAGAUAAGCCACAUUUAUAGGUUAACAGACACACACACUCGAACAGCUGCAGUGGCUGCAGUGAACAGGAAAAGAUAUACCAAAAUUCAACAUGUUAUCCAAGAUAAUUCAGAGCAGCGUACACUAAAGCGAAGGUUUAAUUGCAACAACAAAAAAACGCUUACAUGCGUCCCUUAACUCACACACAAACAGAUGUAUUAAGCCAGCAAGAGGGAGGAUGUUUUAGUGCCCUUUCAUCACAUGAAAACGUAAUGACAAUGUGUGUUUUAUUACUAAUUAAGUUAAAACCCCUUUCACCCAAUCGGACGGGGGCUCUUCACGAAUCGCUAAUCAGAAUCAGAAGAUACACUGAAUAAUCACGUCUGGCCAAAACACCCCCAAGCAACAACAACAACAACAACAGCAAGCAAUCAAUUAGUCGUGUUAAAUAAGCAAGAAAACAAUCGUGCAUAAUCACGCGUGCCACGUUCUUCUUCGGUAUUAUUAUGUCCAAUCAGAACACAUCCGACGUAAAACUAGGUCUUUUUACACACUGUUGGUUUGUCAUUGUAUUACCGUUUAACAAUCGUUUCUGAUUAUUUAGAAUCACGUGUUGCGGCGCGCGCUCGCGCUCAUCUGUAACGUUGAUUGGUUUAGCGUUAGCUUUUAAGCAUGUGUGUAGCGUUUAAAAAACAAAAGAAAAAAGAACGGUGAAUUAAAAGUAGGACCAUGGAGUAGGGUAAUUUGAUGGAAACGGAUAGAGAGCGGAGCGAUAGAGAAGACAACAUUCGAAUGAACAAGUUGAAUAGAUAGGUAAAAUGGAACUUUUUGCAUUCACACUUUUGGUUAUAGUUUUUUGUUUGUUUGUGCAAAACACGACGACCGCAGGCGGAAGCGUAUCUGUGUUCGGUCAAACUGUGUUCGACUUACUAACUUCACUGUGCCAUCAUCAGCCCUCUCAGAGCUUAGACACGACCUGACCAAGACUUUUACUAACCCUCUUCAAUCCGCAACACACAUGACGACGAACUUUAACAUGAUCGCAUCACAUUCACUGCUCGCUCCGUUGCUGUGAAAAGACACAGCUUGAUUUGUAAGCGCUGACAAUGUCUUAUAAUUGUAUUAUUUAUAGUUACGCACAGAUAUAUACGUAUGUGUACCGUGUACCGUUUACAACUUGUUCCAUUCGCAACCUACGAAAAAACUGUGGAACAUUCGCGUCCCACGCCCAAGAAGGACUGAGGAAGGCUAGGAUAGUAUCCCCCCUUUUUUGCGUUGUAGUUUCAUUGCCUAUUACUCUAUGCCUUUCGAUAUAAACACAAAAAAACACACAAAAACUAUUAAGGAGAAAAAGCAAAACAUCGAAACGUAACUUCACUCUGCGGGAAUUGGGAACGUAGGGAAGAGGGAUUGACGCGUGAUUGGGAACGAGCGGAGGAAAUAUUUAUUGUAUUGAACCUAGAAUCUGUUCUUUCUUGUAUACCCAUUAAAAACGAUAUUGAAAACAGGAAA